UUUAAAAUGACAUCCCUUAAAAUGAACACAACCGGAACAUGUGCUCCCGACUGCCGAAGCGUCACAACGUAGAACCCGUUUUCCGUAUAGUCUCACAACUGUUCGCUGGCCAAACCGACCUAUCAUCGUCUUCCGGUGCAACUGAUCUGAUGGGUGACUUUUACCACACGCCAGCCGACACCAUCGACAGUCGGGAUGAUGCAUUUGUCCCUGCCAAAAAGUUUCACAAGCGUCGUGCUCAACGGAAAGCUCGAGCAUAUGGUGCUGUAACGCACUCCGGAACGAUCGUGAACCGUAGUAAAAGCGUGGACGAUCUAACGGCUGCCGAUAUAGCUAUCGAAUCCGAUUCCGACGAGGAUCCCAUUUCAAAAUCACACACUGCAAUCAUUUCGCAGGAAGGAAAAAGUACAGAAAAGAUCAUUCACUCAAAGGAUCAACAGAUUGCGAAAUUGAUCAAGAAACUUACCGCGGUAUUCGAAUGCAACAAUCAGUUUGCGGUGGAACAUGAAAAACUGCAAAAGGAAUAUCAGCAAGCAGUACAAAACCUUCGCACGCUCGAAACGAUUCAAGCAAAGAGUUGCGAUCGUUGUGCUUCGUCCGACGCUGAGCGAUGUCAGCUGGUAAAGGAGAAUUCCGACUUACGAAAUGAUAUAAAAAUGAUGAAGAUUCUGGUGUACCGGCUCAAUGUACAGAUUGAACGUUAUCAGGACACGAUACGGGACGGUAAGACCAGCAUUCCGAAGCUUGAUUUCGUCGACAGCACGUACGGUGGAGCGAAGGACAAUCUUAACUGGGGACCGGUCAAUUCACACACGCUUGGUCCGCUGCUGAACGCGUACGAGGAAGCUAUCGCCGAAAAGACGGAUCUUGUGCAGCAGUACGAAUCGGAGCUGGCCAGUUUUACGGGCAAAUUGAAAAAAGUGCUGGAAGAGAAUGAAGCCUUGCAAAAGAUGACGGAAGAAGUGCGUGCGGGACAGACCGGAUGGGCAACGGAAAAGGCACGCCUGCAGGCACAGGUGGACGUGUUGCGAAGUAAGGCAGAGGUGCAGGGAAAGCGUGCCGAUCUGGCCAAAGAAAAGUUGGUGGAGGUGUUGAAAUGUUACGAGCAGAAAGUACAAGCACAGAAUCUGGACAUUGAGCGACUUCAGGAGGCAUAUUCACGCUCCAAGGGCGAGCUUACCUCGCUAAGAAAUCUAAACCAGAAUCCAGAAGUGGUGGCAGAUAGCUUAAAGGAAUGUCAGAAACUCCUGGAAGAGCUACGAUUACAGCAUCACAACGAGCGCUCGCGAUCAGCAAAAGAAACGGAAACAAUCAAAGCUGACUUCCAGCAAAAGACAGCAGAACUCGAACAACUGCGACAAGAUUAUCAGCAACAGCAACAUAUCUACGAACGACAAAAGGAAAUCAAUGAAAUUCUCAUGGGUAAAAAUACCACACUAAAGCAAACACUCGAGCGCACGAGACAAUCGAAGGAAAUUCUGAAGCAACGCCUCAAAACCAUGAUCAGCUGGGGUAAAGGAUCAGAACAGCGCAAAGAUCAACUGCAGGACGCCUGGCAAAACAUACGCACACUGCAGGAACAACUCCAGCAGCGCGAUCUUCAGCUCCAAACACUGCACCAACGGUUUCAACAGGAACAGGAACAGCUCCAACGUCGACUUCGUCAGCGGGAAGACACACUGCGUAAGAUAUUGGCCGACAAGGCACAAUUUACUCACCGCCAUAGUUGA